CCGUCUGGCUGGAGUCCCCGCUUCCUCCUUAGAGGGCAGCAGCGGAGCGCCUCCGGGACGCAUGCGCCCCAAUUUGCGCCCGGGGAAUUAAAAGAAAGAAAAAAAAAAGCCCCAACAAAACACGCGGAGCAAACAAAACCCAAGUGGUAGAAAGCGCGCGGGUCCACAAACCCUGGGCCGUGGAGACGCCUCCGGCCUUGCCCGCGUCACCGGCCACGGCGUGAUGCGCACGGACCGGCCCGCGACGCCCGGGCCGCGACUGUCCCCGCACCUGGACGCCGGCCCCGUGGCCGCGCCCCAGCUGCGCUCGCUCGCCGCCGCGGCUUUCUCGGAGUCCCCCGGCGCAGGCGGGGCAGCGCGGUCUCCAUGGGGCUGAGGGACUGGCUGAGGACCUUGUGCUGCUGUUGCCCGUGCAUGUGCCUGGAGGAGUCCGCCGUGCUCGAGAAGGAGCCGCUGGUCAGUGACAGCAAUCCAUAUUCUUCAUUUGGAGCAACUCUGGCAAGGGAUGAUGAAAAGAAUCUGUGGAGUGUGCCUCACGAUGUGUCCCAUACAGAGGCGGAUGACGACAGAAUCCUGUACAAUUUGAUAGUCGUUCGUAAUCAGCAGGCCAAAGAUUCAGAGGAGUGGCAAAAACUCAACUACGAUAUCUACACCCUGCGACACAUUCGAAGGGAAGUGAGAAAUAGAUGGAAGCGCAUUUUAGAAGAUUUAGGAUUUCAAAAGGAAGCAGACUCUUUGUUGUCAGUGACGAAACUCAGCACCAUCAGUGAUUCUAAAAACACAAGAGGAGCUCGGGAGAUAUUGUUAAAACUGGCUGAAGAGACCACUAUUUUCCCAACAAGUUGGGAGCUCUCAGAGAGAUACCUCUUUGUUGUGGACCGUCUCAUCGCUCUCGAUGCUGCAGAAGAGUUCUUUAAAAUUGCCCGUCAAACCUACCCCAAGAAGCCGGGGGGACCAUGCCUGGCAGAUGGCCAGAAAGAACUGCACUACCUUCCAUUUCCAAGUCCCUAGAAGAGAGGCUAGAAGGCAGAAUUGGAAUUCUUCCACUGGAACACAGCAGCCAACCAAAGUUGGACAGAUGCAUGCCGAUGAGAGUGAAUAAGCAGAGGGGGCCUAAUGAAAAAUGAUUCUGAAUCCUACAAAAAUCUGGGGAUUUGGAUAUCUGGGCUUUACAAGUACUUUGCUCUGUGAGAUGUGCAGGUUGCAUUAAAACACCCUGAUGAGCUUGCAUCAGUGAGUGGGUCGACGGGAUAGUUCAUCGUGGGUGAUUAGAUUCCAAGCAUCCAUUGCCCUUGUCUUGGUUUUGGUUGUACUGUAAGAAAGCCCGAAUGAGUAAUCCUAUUGAGAGAGUGGGAUAGUCUAGUUAAUGAAACAAUAAGAUUAAUAGCAAGAGCUCUCAUUGAGCCCCACAUGGAUUACCAAUUUUUAAGUAAUUGUUAUAUAAUAUAGGCUAACGCCAAAAUAAUACCAGGCACUAUGUGACUUGCUUUAAUUUGAAAGAACCCACAGAACCUCAGAGGGUGUCAGAGGCAUUAUUUUUGAGUGUCAGUUAUGGUUAUUCAGAAAUACACAUGUAUUAGAUAUUAGAAACGUCUAGGAGUGCUGCUCAGACAUAAGUUCCCAAGAGAAUGGUCCCAAGCAAAACUUCCUGCAGCUACAUAUAAAAGGCUCUAUCUUCAGGCAUCUUAACUUCUCAGCAUUAUUGAUAUCCAAUUACCUCCAUUGUGCUUAUUGUCCAUUUCUAGUCCAAAACUCUUGAUAUUUUAUCCAGGAUAGCAUCUGUAAACAGAAGUGUUUGACCUCUACUUUCUUCUCUUUAAUCUGUUUCCGGCUUAUCUGCUAAGAGUUGCACCUGCCCAGGGACCUCUAGUGCAGACUUGCAGCUCAGCAGGCAUUGAAGAAGGUCACUGCUGGACUUUCAUUCUGAAGAUGACUUUCAAAAUGGAGCAGUGGUGCCAAUACACUUCCAUCUAUCCACAGAUUGAGAAAUCCAGCUUCAGAAGUUACUUGCCCCUUAGGCAAGGAGCUUGCCAAGAAAUACUGGUUCAUUUUAUUGAGAAGACUUUCAGAAUUUAUAGGACUCAUCAGUAGAUUGCUGAGGACAAUGGCAAUAUUGUUACUUUUGCAGAUCUUGCUCUUCUGACUUCAGGUUAAAAAGUAACUUGUUUUUUGUCUGUCCCAGGGGACUGUGGCUUGAAAAUUGCCAUAUCCUGACUAGCAAUUUUGGUAGCGUAUACACUGUUUAAGUUAUUUGUUACAGGAGAUACAUGUUCUCCACUUAUUAAUGCGUUGCAGACCAAUUUAAGUGGUAUGUUUCAGGAAAAUUCUUUCUAGUAGAACAAGUAAGCUAAAAGUCUUAUUUUUUCAUAUUUAGUGCUUAAUCUCUCUCAUGUCGUUUAAAAUUAGCCUGCAAAUAUUUUCCCUUACUUCGGUGGGCUCUUGCAAGAUAAACAUACACACAGUGAAACAAACAAUAAGAAACAAACAAUAAAAUAAAUUUAAAAACUAGAA